ACUGAUCAAAAGGCAUUGGCGAUCGAUACGGAUCAGUGUAUAAAACGAUUGCGAGAUUCCGACAAUAAUAAUAAUAGUAAUAACGAGUAUAAUAGUAAUAAUAAAUGUGAUAUAAAUUGUAACAAUUUAAAUGCAGAGCCAUCUACAAACGCACGAUUCUCAUUACAUUGCAAAGAGGUGAAGCCAUCGGAGAGCCGUGAUUCGUGUCAUCGACUAGCGGCGAAAAGGCAGCCUUACAACGGGGAUUACGCUAAUGACAAUGAGAAAAUUGGAGCGUGCAGAGAUAGAAAAUUGGAUGAACGAAGAGCGAUAGAUACUAGGAAUCGAGGAGAGAGCAAAGAUAGAAAUUUGGCCAGGGAAUAUGGCGAUCGUAAGCGAAGGAAAUACUGA